UUGAUGAUCAUGGAGCGAGAUGGAUGGGAUAUGUAGAGAGAGAGAGACACACACACAGAUCAAGCCCAAAACGAAGACUACACUCAUUCAUCCUUCCCAACUUUAAGGAUGCAGGAAAGAUGCAACUGACGACCUGAAAAGUGGAAACCUCAAGGGUACCUGUCAAUAUGGAGCCAGGAUGAAUGGUAUUUCCAUCACCUUUUGGACCGUGCUGUCAACUCGUUCUGAGAUGGAAGACUUCAAAGGAAAAUCGUUGUUCAUCUCUCAAAGUUUCUACAACAGAGUCAGCCCCCACCAUUACAGAGACAAGCAAAAAGGCUCAGACCUUCGUCUCUAAGCUAACUCUUGUGGAAGCUGAACAGUCUGAUUUACUGAAGGCAUUGGGAGAAGAGGACUGUACGAUGGGGGGGCACCACUAUGGACUCUUAAUCCUCGGAUUUACUCUUCUUCAGUCUUACUGUGUUUCGGAAUAUGGUCCCAACCAAAGGGCACAGAAAAAGGGAGACAUUAUACUCGGAGGUCUCUUCCCAAUACAUUUUGGAGUAACUGCCAAGGAUCAAGACUUAAAAUCUAGACCAGAAAUGACUAAGUGCUUUAGGUAUAAUUUUAGAGGAUUUCGGUGGUUGCAGGCAAUGAUAUUUGCAAUUGAGGAGAUCAACAACAGCAUGGCAUUUCUGCCAAAUAUCACCCUCGGAUACAGGAUAUUCGAUACUUGCAACACAGUGUCCAAAGCUCUAGAAGCAACUUUGAGCUUUGUAGCUCAGAACAAAAUAGACUCACUGAAUCUGGAUGAGUUCUGCAACUGCUCUGAUCACAUUCCAUCAACCAUAGCAGUCGUGGGAGCAACGGGAUCAGGGAUUUCUACUGCUGUAGCCAACCUACUGGGUCUAUUUUACAUUCCACAGGUCAGCUACGCCUCUUCGAGCAGGCUGUUGAGCAACAAGAAUCAAUACAAGUCUUUCCUUCGUACAAUCCCCAAUGAUGAACAGCAGGCCACCGCAAUGGCUGACAUCAUCCAGCAUUUCCAAUGGAACUGGGUGGGAACUCUAGCAGCCGACGAUGAUUACGGCCGCCCAGGGAUAGAGAAGUUUCGAGAAGAGGCAGAAGAGAGAGACAUCUGCAUAGACUUCAGUGAGCUGAUUUCUCAAUACUACACACAAGAGGAGCUGCAGCAUGUCGCAGAGGUCAUUCAGAAUUCCACGGCCAAGGUCAUUGUCGUGUUUUCAAGCGGCCCCGACUUGGAGCCCAUUAUACAGGAGAUUGUUCGGCGAAACAUCACCGGGAGGAUCUGGCUGGCGAGCGAAGCGUGGGCUAGCUCCUCGCUGAUAGCCAAACCCGAGUAUUUCCACGUCGUAGGCGGAACCAUCGGAUUUGCCCUCAGAGCAGGACACAUCCCGGGAUUCUACGAGUUUUUACAGCGGGUGCAUCCCAGCAGGUCCUCAGACAACGGGUUUGUGAAGGAGUUCUGGGAAGAGACGUUUAAGUGUUACCUGACGGAAAAAUCUCUGACGCAACUAAAGCAGUCCAAAACACCUGGCCACGACGGCAGCACUGUAGUGGGGAAUAUCACAAGUUCAAAGUUACUGCCUCCGUGCACAGGGGAUGAGAAUAUCAUGAGUGUUGAGACCCCUUACCUGGAUUAUACUCACAUGCGUAUCUCAUAUAACGUAUACAUGGCAGUGUAUUCCAUUGCACAUGCGCUGCAAGAUAUCUACACCUGCACACCUGGGAAGGGCAUCUUUGAAAAUGGAUCGUGCGCUGACAUAAAGAAAGUUGAAGCUUGGCAGGUCCUCAAACACCUCAAGCACCUGAAGUUUACAAACAGCAUGGGUGAGCAGGUCGACUUCGAUGAUCAGGGCGAUCUCAAAGGAAAUUACACCAUCAUCAACUGGCAGCUGUCCUCUGAGGAUCAAUCCGUAGUCUUUCAAGAGGUUGGGAACUACAAUGCAUAUGCUAAACCAGGGGAAAGACUCUACAUAAAUGAAAGCAAGGUGCUGUGGAGCGGAUUCUCAAAAGUGGUGCCCUUCUCUAACUGCACUCACGAUUGUAUUCCCGGCACCAGGAAGGGAAUAAUUGAGGGAGAGCCCACCUGUUGUUUUGAAUGUGUAUCAUGUGCUGAAGGAGAAUACAGUGAUGAAAAUGAUGCAAGUGCAUGCACCAAGUGUCCCAACGAUUUUUGGUCCAAUGAGAACCACACUUAUUGCAUAGAGAAGGAGAUUGAAUACCUGUCCUGGACUGAACCCUUUGGAAUUGCUCUGACAAUAUUUGCUGUGCUAGGAACGGUGAUGACCUUCUUUGUAUUGGGAGUAUUCAUCAAGUUCAGAAACACACCUAUUGUGAAGGCUACCAACAGAGAGCUCUCUUACCUUCUCCUCUUCUCCCUCAUCUGCUGUUUCUCCAGUUCACUGAUCUUCAUUGGGGAGCCCAAAGAUUGGACCUGCAGAUUGCGCCAGCCUGCAUUUGGAAUCAGCUUUGUCUUGUGCAUUUCUUGCAUUCUGGUGAAGACCAACCGUGUGUUGUUAGUCUUUGAGGCCAAGAUUCCGACCAGUCUCCAUCGAAAGUGGGUGGGCCUCAACUUGCAAUUCCUGCUGGUUUUUCUCUGUACCCUUGUUCAAAUUGUUACCUGUGUCAUCUGGCUUUACACAGCACCUCCUUCAAGCUACAGGAAUCAUGAACUGGAGGAUGAAAUAAUUUUUAUUACAUGUGAUGAAGGUUCCUUAAUGGCACUUGGUUUUCUCAUUGGCUACACAUGCCUCCUGGCUGCCAUUUGCUUCUUUUUUGCCUUUAAAUCUCGCAAACUCCCAGAGAACUUCAAUGAGGCCAAAUUCAUCACCUUCAGCAUGUUGAUAUUUUUCAUUGUCUGGAUCUCAUUCAUUCCUGCUUACGUCAGCACUUAUGGGAAAUUUGUUUCGGCCGUAGAAGUUAUUGCCAUACUUGCAUCAAGUUUUGGGUUACUUGGAUGCAUCUAUUUUAACAAAUGCUACAUCAUCUUGUUUAAGCCAUCGAGGAACACCAUUGAAGAGGUGAGGUGCAGCACUGCUGCCCAUGCUUUUAAAGUGGCAGCCAGGGCCACUUUGCGGCGUACCACAAUGUCUCGUAAGAGGUCCAACAGUGUUAGUGGCUCAACUGACUCCUCUCCAUCAUCUUCCGUUAGCAGCAAAAUUGCCCAUGAUGAACCAAUUGCUGUGGAAAUGCAGACGUGCAGUAAGCAGAAAGUCAGCUUUGGCAGUGGCACUGUCACUUUGUCCCUCAGUUUUGAGGAAACAGGAAGAUAUGCAUCAGUUAACAGGAACAUGAGGAGGAGGAACUCAAUGGAAGGCAAGAAAAGCGAUGAAAUUGUAAUCAAGCACCAUGCUCUGAUUCCUCUUCAAACUCGCGAGACAGGAAAUGACACAUGUUGCAAGAUGAAAGGAAACAAUGGGUCAGAAACUCUUGAAUCCCAGGAUGGUAGCUAUGAACAUUCAGAUUUACUGAAGAAAUGUCCUCCAACCGUUUAAUAAAUUGCAGAAAUCUUGUUGGUGGCAUCAUCGCAGCUAAUUGCCACAACGUCUUAACAGUGGCGGCCGAUCCUACUUCACUUUCAUUGGCUUUAUUUGUGGAAAAGCACAAAUUCAUAAGUUCCCUAGACAUACCAUAUUAAUAUUAUUGCAAAAAUAUUAAGCAUGAUGCUGCUAUGUAUAACAUAAUUAAACUCAAAUAUGUAUCACAAAAUUCACUAGAUCAGUAAAAUCUCUGGAUUGCCAAAAUGCAAACUAUGUACAAGAAUGGAUUGUUUUGUCACAAAAGGCCUCUUUGUGAAUAUUCUAUGGUAAUGCGGAACGAGUUACCAGAAAACAAGAAUUCUCAACCUGCAAAUCCGUAACCUGCAAAACGAAGCAACAGCCUCAUUGAUACACAACGCAAGACCUUUAUUUCCACAACAGCAUCCAACUAUCAUAGUUGGAAUGUCCCAUAUACUUGAAAUGUCACCAAGUUCUGGUUGUGCAGACAUUUGUCUGUUUGGAAGCUACUAUAUUUAGUCUCUAUGAAGUGUAUUGCAAACAAAUACAAGUAAAGAAAGAAUGACGGACUGUCUGACGCAGUGACAGCAAGAAAAACUCUUCGAUGUCCUUGAGGGACAUUCACAAUGUUUAAAAAACAAAAAAAAGGCUUUCCUAUCACAAUGCCAAUACUGUAAACACAAUAGUUAAUGUUAUGCAUUUACAUGAUGUGCAAUGCUAAUCAUAUCGGAACACAAUAGCAGUCGUUAGAAGUCAGUAGUUAGCAGUGUUAAAGAGUGAAGUUCAAGACAAUAAGUGCAAAUGUGGCUCAGUUUUGAGAAUGUUGCUCAUAGCAACACAUUAUCAUAUUGUGUUACAAUGAUCAGUUUCGCAGAUACACGUUCCGUUUGACUAUUACACCAGUGCUGUGAGAUACAGCCAUAGAUGUAAUCUGGUGUUUGCAUUUCCAGUGGAUUCAGCAAUAUACAAGCCAUAGUGCUGCACCUAAUGAUAUUCCAGCCCCAGUAUAGAUCCAAUGCUGUUUCUAUCCCAUUGAUACCAAGGCAAUAACACAAAAUAACAUGGUCUAGAGUUUCUUUUUAUGAUAUUAUCAUAUGAGCAAUGAUACCAACCAGUGAUAUUGAGCAUUAUGACAGAUGGGUGAAUAGUGGCAUUAGAAAGGUAAAGAAUUUGUGGGACAAUGGCAGCAUAAUUGUACAACAUUGUUGAGAUGGUGCUGCAGAGAUAAUACAAUGGGAGUGGAGCAGAAUUACAUAGAUAUGGAAGUAAGAGUGCAAUGGUGUGGCAUUGGUGAGGCAGUUUCAAUGAAACAGCAUGGGAUCACUUGUCAGUAAUAACAGGAUCAUAUGAUUGUAAAGAGUGAAGACUACGAAAUUGGUGAGAAAAUAGCAAUUGAUCGAGACAAUGGUAAUUAAAAAAAGGAAUUCUGUAUAAUUGUCAAAAUAAUGACGCAAAGAUAAUACAGUGGUAAUAGAUCAAAGUCGAAACAUGAGAUGGUGGCAAUGGAAUGGCAUUGGAAAGAGAGAGAAAAGUUGAAUGGUGAAUAAUGACUUCAUGUAACAGUGAUAAUUCAGUGGAGACAGUGAUAUGGUUAAAUGUGACAAUGGCAGUGAAUAAAUACAUUAGAAAGAAAACGGUAGUGGAGCAAUGUGAAAUUGAUGAGGCAGAGGUAGUGGAGCAAUGUGAAACUGGUGAGACAAGGUGGUAGAAAAAUAUAGCAUUGG